CCUGCGCCCCGUGCCAAGCGCCCGCACUCCGACAGCGAGGAUGACGCCUUCUCCGAGGAGAGCAGCAAGGAUGCACAGUCCCCGGGCGGCGAGUCUUGCCAAUUGAUGACCCGCAAGCGCCGGCGUGGCGUCAUCGAGAAGAAACGACGCGAUCGCAUCAACACCUCGCUGACGGAACUGAAGCGGCUCGUACCCGCAGCCUGCGAGAAGCAAGGCAGCGCCAAGCUAGAGAAAGCGGAGAUACUACAGCUUACAGUCGACCAUCUCAAGAUGCUGCACGCUAAAGGUAACUACGACCUCUAUAUUUAUUUGCAACUUCAUUCGCUCAGAGUUAAACAAAAAUACUGGUCAUAA